AUGCCACACUUUGUACCUGUUUAUGACCCCGAGAGGCCCCGCAGCGAGCAGCAGCAAGACCCUUCCCUUUAUAAGCAUAGAAGAUGGGAGCAGCCGCAUGCACUGCUGAACCCUCAGGACGGGGGGGCCCCCAGGGGCCCCAAGGAUCAUGAUAACCCUCAACCUAUAAGAAGAAAACGCCCUGGUUCAAUGGUAUUAAACGAAAAGGGUUUAUGGGUCCCUGCACCCGCGGGUCCCUCGCAGCAGCAGCAGGGGCAUCACCGCAGCAGCAGCAGCAGCAGCAGCAGUAGCAGCAGCAGCAGCAGCAGUAGCAGCAGCAGCAGCAGGAGGGAUAGAUACCACAGACGCAGCCGCAGCAGGAGCCGCAGCAGGAGCCGCAGCAGGAGCCGCAGCAGCAGCAGCAGAAGGGGGGCCCACAGGAGCAGAAGAGAGGCAGAAGACGAUAGACGUCAUCCAAGAGGGAGGAGCCCGUCACCAGAGAGGAGGAGGCCCCCUGCGUCAGAUCCCUUUGACUACGUUACACCUAAGCAGAGGCGGCUGCAGCAGCAGCAGCAGCAACAGCAGCAGCAGCAGCAGCAGCCAAGAAGCAGGGCUCUUGCACCCCCUCACCCUAAUUCAAGGGUCAAAGAAAGGGGGCCCCCUCAAUAG